CCCGCUUCGUGUAAACACACCAGCACAAUCACACUCUUGUCUUUCUCCAGCCUCAACCCACGCUCCUGCUUGACGAUACCCACGACCGCAAUAAAUUCAGCUACGAGCGUCUGCCUACCCUUUGCCAACUACUGUUCGGGCACAGCUCCAGUACCGUCAACAUGUCUGUCGUCUCUUUGCUAAACGUCAGCGUGCUCAACAACCCGGCGCCCUUCACCGCACCAUACGAGUUUGAGAUCACCUUCGAGUGCGUUGAGCAACUGAAGUCUGAUCUUGAGUGGAAGCUUACCUACGUCGGCUCUGCUACUUCCUCUGAGCAUGACCAAGAACUCGACUCCCUUCUAGUUGGCCCCAUCCCGGUCGGAGUGAACAAGUUUGUUUUCGAGGCCGGACCGCCCAACCUCACUCGCAUUCCGAACAACGAGAUUCUUGGCGUCACUGUCAUCCUUCUCACGUGUAGCUAUGAUGGGAGAGAAUUCGUGCGGGUUGGAUACUACGUCAACAACGAGUACACCGACGAGGCCUUGAUCAACGAGCCGCCCGCGAAGCCUGUCAUCGACAAGGUGCGCCGCAACAUUCUCGCCGAGAAGCCAAGAGUCACGCGCUUCGCCAUCAAGUGGGAUUCUGAGGAGAGCGCACCGGCCGAAUUCCCACCAGACCAGCCCGAUGCUGACCUGGCCAACGACGACGAGGACGCAUACGGUGCAGGUGAAGACGAUGAGGAGGUGGAGGAGGAGGGCGUCAAGGCUGAGGGAGAGGAUGCCGAGAUGGAAGGUGCCGACGAUACUGCUGGCCCCAAGGAUGAUGCCUCCGAUGCCGGCAGCGAGGACCUUGAAGCCGAAAGCAGCGGCAGCGAUGACGAAGAAGACGAAGAGGAGAUCGAGGGCGAGGCCAACGGUGACGACGACAUGGAGAUGGACGAGGCUGGCGGCAGCAAACAGUUGCCGGCACACAACCCGGAUGUUAUGGUGAACUAGGUGGACAUUGCGGAGGCUCGUUUGGAUAGGCCUCUGGUAGCUUGAGUUGAGCAUGUAGGGCUGUGCUCGCAUGCAGGGAUUGACGUUGCGAGAUGUGCAUGGAACACGGAUACCAUUCGACGGGUCACGAACUAAAAAUAGUCAUUCAAUAGAGGAAUUAACGUCUGUUAUCGCGAAC